AAAAAAGAUACAUGUCCAGAAUUGUGCCUACAUCCAACAUAUGAAACAUGUAACACAUAUAAGAGAAAUGUUAAAAAUGUCUGAAUUUUAUGGACAAGGCCCUAGCCUAUUCACAAUUAUCAGAGUUCAGGUAGGAGGCCACGAGGUAGGAUGUGCAAUCAAAGAGGAGAAGAGUGGGAUUCGGUGGACGCCAUUAAACUUGGUCCUCCAUGGGUGAAUGGAAACGACAUAAGGUUAAAAAAUUACGGAGACAUCAACAAUAAUAAGAAAGUUGAUAAUUACGACGACGUGGAAGACCCACGUGCGAAAAUUCCACAUGAAGGUGACGCAGCAGUGACUCCACUUACGACGCAUGGCAUGGUUGCGUGCACUUGCCUGGAUCCAAACAUCCUCAGAAAAUCUAUUUUACACAAUUUCAACACAAAAGCUGGUAAAGCAACACGGGUCACAAGAAGUCGCAGAAGUGUCUCUAAACGGCCUGUGACCGCCCAAAGAAGGCCUCAGUCGCCUACUUUGACAUGGGCCUUGAGAAAAAGACACGUACAAAGGUCUGCCAGGAAAGUGUGCUGUAACUUGUGCGGGGUCACUAAGUACUCCCCACCUCAGCGGAGGAAGCUGGCACCCGUAAAUCGUCUUAGGCUUGUCUUGGUGGAUGAAGAGGACUACCUGGGACUCCGCAGGGUUUCCGGGUCUCAGCGAAAACCACGCAAGUUGGUCAUUUGGCUCAGGAGGUACCCCAAGGUCAGGUUGUGUGACAUCAGUCAAGUGUUUGAUAUUUCGCCGCACUUCUCCUGCCUCGUUCCCCCGUCCUUCUUCCCCUUCGUGCAGAAGAGUGGCUUGCACUGCUUCAAGCAGCAGGUCUUGGCCCUCAUGUGCCAGGAGCAUCUUGGAGAUGGGUCCUCCUCUUCCUAUGAACGGACAGCCGGAGCUGACGCACAGGUCGCUGAUGCUAGUUGCCACCAUACGUGCGAGGACGAUAACGGUUGCCAGAGGGUGCGACCGUUUGUGCGUAGGAAUCGCUACUUGUGCUCGCGGACUUACCUGACGUGGCCUUUCGUCGCCAACGCUCCACCUCCCUGUGUGCUGUCACCGCCACGUAGUCCAACUAAAGCUACUUGUGCGUCAUCUCCAAAUAUCCCAUGUAGAGGAAUUUCGGCACUUUCAUGCAGCUCAGUUGGAGAGGCCCGUGAACAGUCAGGCAGAACGCCAUGCAGCUCAUCCCUAGAGGCUGCCGUGUCCUCAUCUGAGGAUGACUAUACAUUACCACACUGCCAAAAUGGAGAUGUCUGUGAACUUUCACAUAGCCCACCUAGAGGUGACCGCUUAUCUCCAGAGAAACCGUCCCCAACCCCUCUGCAAUCAAGUCAGGUCAUAGAGGAUCCUCAAGAGUUGGUAUCUAACAGGGUUGUGGAAAACGGACAUGCUGACGUAGUCCCAUCUUUGGAGAGUCCACCAGCUUCCCACGAUGGUUCACUGACCCAUAAACCGCUUAUAUUCCAUCAAAGCGGCUAUGACCUCUCUGAUUCAGAAUCGCCACAGCAGGGUGACGUGUUCAAGACCCGUUUGUACAGGUCACUGCUGUCCGCAAGGCCACAACUUCUGUCUCCCAUCGCAGAGCACGGACCUGACUCUGGCAGUGGCGAAUCAUCAAACGAUGGAGUGACUAGCACUUUGUCUUCCGCUUCCAGUUUGAUGGACUUUUUUGAAGAGGGGACUUCCGUUGGCAAAGAUGGAGAAAAUGACGGCAAGGACAAAGAGGUGGUUGAUAUGGAGACUGAUGCUGUUACUCCCAGCUCAUUGGAUCUUUUUGAAGAGCAGAGUCCCAGAGACGAAAAUGGAGAAAACGACAACAAGAAGGCAAUGAUUGACAGGGAGAAUAAUGAUCGCAUUCUGGACAGCACUGAAGAAGUGUGUGACAUACCAGAGGCUGCUGGUGUUGUAGACAGCUCUGGGAAAGUGUGUGACAAACCAGAGGUUGGCUGUUUUCUGAGCAGCACUGGUGAAGUGUGCGAUGUAUCGAAGGCUGGUGCUGUUUUGGACAGCUCUGGCAAAGUUUGCAACAUACCAGAGGAUGGAGUUGUGAACAAAACUGGCAGUGAGUGUGAACUAUCGGACCGUGAUGCUUUUUUCGACAGCAGUGACCAAGUAUGUGACAGAACGGAUCCUGUGUUGUCACAGCGUGAUUCUGGCGUCCACUCCCGCCGCCGCCGCCGCCACCUGAGGGACCUGGACAGUGUCGCUGCCAACAGCUGUGAGUUUGAAGCAUACCAGCAGGAUGCCCUUGUGCUAGACGUUAUCGACGACGACCCUUAUCUGUUUGGGUGCAUGAUGCCUGAGAAGGAGGAGGAGGAAGACGACGAGCCGGAGUCAGUGCGUUCAGACAGUCAGCGGUCCUCUCCGAGCUUCUAUACUGCAAGGUCUACCUCUACUGAAGAGCUCUCAUCCUCGGCUUCCAACUUCAAACGACACACUGAGAAGCAAAGUGUGAAGGCAAAGGUGAAGAGUCAUAAUCUUCAGGAGGAUGGUCCCAAAGACCAGAUGACGACAGAGGGGUCAACAAGUUCCCAGAGCAUGGACACAAGUGUGGACAUGGACAUAUCACCAGAGAGUCCGCAUGACUAUGGUGAUGAUGGUUACCAUGAGGAUUGGAGCUCAGACCUGAACCCUGAGAGGGCCUCAAACACAAAGCCGGAAUCAUGGAGCAAAGACAGGUUCACACAUUUGAAAAAUGGAGUCCCACCUAGACCCCCACCCAGACCCAACGGUGAUGCACGUUAUUGCAGGUACUACUUCAGUGACAAGGAUUUCUGUUACCGGAAGAUGUGUGGUUUUCUUCAUGUGCCGAGGAAAGGCGAUGAAAAGUUCUGUAUGGUGAUUGUGGAGAGGUUUGCACGGUCCAACAACCCGGUGUAUGUGACGCAAGCUGUUGAUGUGUUCACACGCUACUACGAGGCUUGCCAUCCUGGCUUGUGUUUCAACGUCGAGGUGGUUACCACUCUCCUGGACGCGCUCCUCCGACUGUCUUUAUUCGCGGAAAUGCUCAGUAUCCUGAAUUUACUACUUGCACACAAUAUACGGCCCCCGGCAGACUACUUGAUCACUGUUUUUAAGACGGCUUCUAUGACAAAGCAGCAUAACGCCGUUUCUCAGCUCAUCAGCGUGCUAUCCAAGAGUGUGGAGGCUGGUUGUCUAUUCUCUAUGGGUCAAUGUGAGGAGUUGCAGAAGUGCCUGGAGCUGCUGGCGGCCUCCAAGCUGCAUAUGGACAUGUUCCUCGCUGUCAAGUGCAGGGCCCUGGCCAAUGUCUGUGAUGGUUCAGAUAUGCGUUGUGGCAUCGCGUAUGCCUUUGUCGAUGUGGAGCUGUGUAGGAAGCAGGAGGACUGGCCGGGUUUGGCCGACAUUUUCCUGCGCAUGUGUGCCAGCCCCUGCACCAGCAGCCACCUGCUGCGCUUCUGCAUGGCACUGGCCACCGCCCUGCUGGUGGAGCCCAGCCAGUCGCCCACGCCGCCCUACGUCACCUUCGCUGAAAAAGUGUCCACCCAGGUGUUGGAUGAGGGGCUGGACAGGAGCUUCUUGGGCAGGAUUGGAAUCUCCAUGAUGGUCCACUACUACAAUGAAAAGCAGUGGGAGAAAGGUCAGAGGAUCGUGGCGGUGUUGUCUCAGCAGCAGCCGUGCUACUCUGGCCUUAAGGGCGUCUUCAAGAACGAGGAGACGCUCUCCCGCUGCCGCCUCAUCACCAUGGCAACAGAGCUCCCCUUGCACUGUGGCAAAGUGGAGGUGGCACUCAACGUGCUGAGGGACAACAACUGGUUUGUGAGUGACAGUGUGUGGCCGUGCGAGCCGGAGGAUGUGUGCCACCGGGUGUCUGUGCAGAAGCGACUGGCCCAGGCCACCUCCAAUAGGGACACCCUGGAGGUCCUCGCACACCUGCCUGGCCUGUUGCCUCCACAAGAUGUUGAGAAGGCGCGCGAGUACACUUGCCUGUUCAACUCCCUCAUCAGGACGUGUUUGGAGAUGCACACGCUACUGGUCGGUGCUGACACGCUGGAGUACCUGUUGGCCAAUGGGAUGCAGGCGGAGAUGCCGCUGGUCCAGAACCUCAUCUGCGAGCUCGGCAAGCGGAACAUGUGGCAGCGUGCCCGGAUACUCUUCCAAUGUGCCAUGAAGGAGGGCUACUACCCGCUGGUGGACGUGUCUGACAAACAGGUGGUGCUGGAGCUGCCCUGCUACCUCAACAAGGUGGAGAUGGCUGUCUGCCUGGAGAUGUUUAUAAGUCGCUGCUUGCCCGACUCAACACAGAACCCCAGCAAGGUGCACGCCCCCAUGGUUAUACUCAAGAGGGAGUCGGAGAGUGGUGUGCGGGCGGUUGAGAGCGUGUACUUGGCUGCCGGCUGCACUCUGCUGUCCUCAGCCCAGCUGCUGAACCCCAAGCUGCGUCUCAGCUACACCAUCACCAGUGGCCAGCAGCAGCAGGUCUACACCAUCGACCCCGGCUCCGCCCACAAAUGGCUGCACGGCAACAGCAGCUGGGCCUGCAAGCUCUGGCCCGUGUGACCUCAUCAGAGUAGUAGAAAGUACAUGUAGGCUGUAAGUACAACACUAGUAGUAUGACAUGACGAAGUUGGAAACCAUGUAAUAUACUACUAGUGUUGUAAUUCCAUCGGUAAGCGUACUUCCACAACUCUGGACCUAAUCACGAACAAAGUGUGUGACCAAUUACAUGGAAGCUAUGGCCCUUUCUGACCAAUCACACGAAAGUUUUACUAAAACUGUGGCCCUGUGACCAAUCAUGCAUAAGUUGUGGUCUUGUGAGUUCUGGUGUCUGUGACCAGACCACAUGCGCAUAAAAAGCACUCUCUUCUCCAACACUAUCAAGAAAGCACUUGUUUAUCUUUUAGACCUUCACAGACUUGGAUGGUUCAUGCACUUCCUUUUGAAGAGAUUUUACGUUGACCGUUUUGGAUUACGUUGUUUUUACUGAUUUUACAUUUCAUAUUGCAUGUUAUUUUUUAUUAACUGAUAAUUGUUCCUAAAUGUGAAAAAAGUUUAUUUGAAUGUGAAGUCUGUUGCAAUUAAUGUAAGUGUUGCCGUUGGAGUGCAAUUAACUUUUUGUUUGGAGGAUGGACGACUGUUCUUUGCGUUUUGUUUGGGCCAAAUAGGCAAUAAAUACAUAUUCUGUAUACAA